AAGUUGUACAAUUUUACUUAAAAUAUCGUUGUUUUGUUGUUAUUCACCAUGACGACCAUCUUUGUAACUGUGGUUUUGAUGCUUCUUACCGGCUGGUUAUCUGACGUGAAUGGGAUACAAAAACGCAGCCCGUAUGACAAUUGUAUGAACAUUCAGUGCGGGUGGCCUAAAUGUCCUGAUGGAGCUACUCCGGUAACCAGGCCCGGCGCCUGCUGUCCAGACUGCCCCGAGCCAUGCGAUGGCAUUCAGUGCGGGUGGCCUAGAUGUCCCUAUGGAGCAACCCCGGUAACCAGGCCCGGCGACUGCUGCCCAUCCUGUCCUUAGGUCAAAGAUUGGCCAGGAAGACAAUGAUAUGAACAGACACAAUUUCCUACGUUUGGAUCGUUUUUGAGUUUAUCGCUGCGUUCAAAUUGGUCUACAAUAGGAAAUCAGCUGUGCCUGUAAUAAAACUAUCAGCAAA